CAAAGUCAUCGCCGGUCACUCUCAUCCGAACCAAAAAUCUCCAAUACAUCGGAUGAUCAGUUUACUAAACUCCCUAAUCGGAUCAACACCGCGUGGUGAGGAUCAAGAACAAACAGGCCCCAAGAAAUCGAUCCCAUGUCGGCACAACGUCCACAGACCAAGCCGGUGUCCCCUGAUCUGGACUUGCGACCCAUCUGCGUCAAUUGCAGGAUGGACUUCGCCGACAACUCGGAUAUAUGCAUCCACUGUGAUGGCACGCAGGUCAAGUCCGAGGACUACGACUCGGACGACGAGCUUGUCGAGAUCAAAACAGAGCCGCUGCCUUCAGACGAUGAGGCUGCCAUUGCUGUGGCCAUCAUGGAGUCGAUCGAAGUACCCGAGUCGAUAGCGAUACUUGAGUCGGUAGUGAUGCCUGGAUCGAUAGCGAUCUCCGAGCCGAUGAUGCUACCUGAGCCGGUGAUGAUGAUACCUGAGUCGAUAGUGAUACCUGAGUCGAUAGCGACUCCCGACACGAUAGAGAUUCCCGAGUCGAUCGAGAUGCAUGAGUCCGAGUACAACGCGACUGCAAAGCAGGCUGUGCCUGCCAAAAAAGAUCUUAGGCUUGAGAAUGAACCCCAAGCUGCAUCCAAAACCGCCCCUCGGGCUUCCGCAAAGGUUUCCAAGGCCAGGGGCAAAGCCAAGAGUCCUGCUGGCUCGUCUAGAAAGCGACAACCGAAGAAGUCAGCGUGUGACGACUGUAGAAGGUCGAAGAAACGGUGUGUGCAUCGAGAUGUGGAAGAACAAAGGACCCUUCCUCCUCCUUCAACCAGCACUCGCAAACAGACUGCUGGGCCAAAGAAAAAGCCAGGUCCGUCAUCCAAAAGGACCAAAACGGACAAUGACAAUAGCAUUGGCGAUGAUGAUGACAAUGACGAUGCUUCUAAGACGGGCAUAAAGAUCCGGAUCAAGAAUGUCCAGGGUGACUCUACUGAGACAUCUCCAACCCGUCCGGCCGAGCCAGAGCCGGCCCCGCAGAAGAGAAAAAGGGGGAGGCCGCGCAAGGUCUCACCUAUCAAGGCCGGAGCGCCGGCUGCUCCUGCUACGGAGGAACAGGAGGAACAGGAGGAAGAGGAGGAAGAGGAGGAAGAGGAGGAAGAGGAGGAAGCUGUUCCACGGAAGCGAGCGAGACGAGGCACACCGACCGGAGAUGACGAUCAGGCGAGUCUCCAAGACGCUUCCGUCUCCGUUGCUCUUGCGCUUCCCUCGCUCCUCGAGGAUCCGUUGCAAGGUGCAAGUAAAUUGGCACCGCACGUGGUAUUCAGUCGAAAUCUACACGCGAAGCUAGAAGAUUGCGAGGGUAAGUGGCAGGCGGCCAUGGACGCUCUUCGGGAUGCCAAACAGAUGCUGGAUUCUUGGGUGUGCCAGUGGGAACGGGGGAGAGCCGGUGUAAAAUGAUACGGAAACACUUCGUUCGUUGGUCUGCUUUGUAAGCUUUGUAAUGGCAAGGAGGUGUUGGUCCAUCGCCGGUCGCUUGCCAGUGUUUAACAUAGUAUAUAUGGUUUGUUUUGUGUUUGUCAAUGCCUUCGGAUAGUUUAGCGGCGUUAGGGAAGGCAGCCGAGUACAGGCACACCACUUGUACAUACGAUACCAUGGCCUCGUUGAGUUGUAUUCCGCCGUCAAACCGCGCAGCUCGAGGGUAAAUUCGGGUUGUAUGUGUUAGAUAGAAUCA